UUCCCUGUGGGUCGGCUUGGACUGACUUUUGACAGUCAGCCUUCAGCUGUGGAAGGGGCCUGGCGGCGGCAAGCGGAGAAAGUUGCUGGGAGCAGAGGCGGGGUUGUGCCGGUCGGGCCGGGCGCGCGGGGCGGGCGGCGGGCGUCCCCGACCGACGCGGCGCCCAGGCUGCCGGCGCGUCCCGGGGUUCCGAUUUGAAGACUCAACUUCUCAUCGCUCACUGGAUUAUGCCCAAGGCUUUUUUGCCCAAUGAUCCUCCUGCAACACGCUGGGCUUCCUCAACCUAAGCGGCCCUCAUCCUCUCCUCCUAUGUCAGUGGCCACCAGGUCUACAGGAACCUUGCAGCUUCCACCACAGAAGUCUUUUGGGCAGGAGGCUUCCUUGCCUCUGGCAGGGGAAGAAGAGUUACCUAAAGGAGGAGAGCCAGACUCGGCCCUGGAGGAGCUAUGUAAGCCCCUGUAUUGCAAACUCUGUAAUGUCACCUUGAAUUCAGCGCAGCAGGCCCAGGCGCAUUAUCAGGGUAAAAAUCAUGGCAAGAAACUCCGAAAUUACUAUGCAGCCAAUAGUUGUCCUCCUCCUGCCAGAAUGAGCACUGCAGUGGAGCCUGCAGCUACCCCAGUUGUUCCAGUCCCUCCACAGAUGGGCUCCUUCAAGCCAGGAGGCAGAGUGAUCCUGGCUACAGAGAAUGACUACUGUAAGCUCUGUGAUGCCUCCUUUAGCUCCCCAGCUGUGGCACAGGCUCACUAUCAAGGGAAGAAUCAUGCCAAGAGGCUGCGGCUGGCGGAAGCUCAGAGUAACUCAUUCUCGGACUCCUCAGAGGUGGGUCAGCGACGGACCCGGAAAGAAGGGAAUGAAUUUAAGAUGAUGUCUAGUAGGAGAAAUAUGUAUACAGUACAGAAUAAUUCAGCAGGUCCGUACUUCAAUCCCCGCUCUCGGCAGAGAAUUCCACGUGAUCUAGCUAUGUGUGUUACUCCAAGUGGCCAGUUUUACUGCUCAAUGUGCAAUGUCGGAGCUGGUGAAGAGAUGGAAUUCCGGCAGCAUUUAGAGAGCAAGCAACAUAAAAGCAAGGUGUCUGAACAACGGUACAGGAAUGAGAUGGAGAAUCUGGGAUAUGUACAGUGAUUGUUAUAUUCAAAUAGAGCAGCUUGUCCUGCCUGUGGUUUGCCUUCUGUCACCUUGCCCUGCUUUGUGAUCCUUUUGAUAUGAAUACAUUCCUCUGCUCAGUGUUAAUACCUGUAACCUGCAGUGGUGCCAUGAGAUGUCAAAACUCGGGUUUGCGGGGAGGGAAACUUGCUUCUUAGGUCAUAAUGCUUUUUUAGACCAGCUGUGUUGAGCUACUUACAGCAUGUAAUCUAUGUACCCUACCAGAAAUGACUUUUUGUCUUGACCAAGUUCUGAGUGUCUAGUAGCCUGGUCACUUAGAGCUGUGACUAUUUAACAAUUUCAUCUUUGCAAUUUUAGUUUUAUGGACUGUUAGAUGAAAUUGUUUUGAGUUCUUAUUUCAGAGCACAGUAAAAACAGGUAAGCAGAGAUUUCCAUUUCCAGAAGCUUCAUUGGACCCAUCAUCACCUCAGUGCAUUGUCAGUAGGACGUACUAUUCCAGUCUGCAGUAGGGCCUUGCCCAGGACAUCAUUUCCCUGUGUCAUGUCCCUCCAUCAUUGAAGUGAAGGUGAUCUUGAAUUCACACGCUUUCAGAGUGCUUGUGUUCUUCCAAACAGUCAAACUUCAUUUCCAGGUGUAAAUUUCACACAUUUAAUUGCCACCUCCUUCCAUCCUCCUUUUUCAACCUGUUUGAAUCAGCUUGUCUGGUAAGCUCAUUUUUAUAUCCUACCUGUACUGUGGUUUUUCUAAGCCCCAGAUAUGAAUAUCUAAUGAGUUCAAGAUGGGCAUGAUUUUUAAAAAUAUACUUUUCAGCUAAUUUUAGGAAAUUUAAAGAUGUGUUAACUUUUUAAUUUAGUUGUUUUCACUAAUAAUAACAGGCACUAACAGGAUAGUCUCAACUGUAAGUUCAGAUUUCUUGAUACUUUAUUUUGGUAGUCUUUUAAAAUAAUCCAAUCCUUACACUUUACAAUUCUUCUCUGUCUACCAGUUUAUUGGCUAUUGUGAAAAAAUACCACUGCCUGCAAUUUCAUAGAUAGAGAAUUUAAAA